CUUUUCCUUCCUGACGCCACCGAGGUCGCACGCGUGAGGCUUCUCCGCCGCCGCCGCAGACUCUGCCGCGAUGCGCUACGUCGCUUCCUACCUGCUGGCUGCUCUAGGGGGCAACUCCUCCCCCAGCGCCAAGGACAUCAAGAAGAUCUUGGACAGCGUGGGCAUCGAGGCGGACGACGACCGGCUCAACAAGGUUAUCAGUGAGCUGAAUGGAAAAAACAUUGAAGACGUCAUUGCCCAGGGUAUUGGCAAGCUUGCCAGUGUACCUGCCGGUGGGGCUGUAGCCGUCUCUGCUGCCCCAGGCUCUGCAGCCCCUGCUGCAGGUUCCGCCCCUGCUGCAGCAGAGGAGAAGAAAGAUGAGAAGAAGGAGGAGUCCGAAGAGUCAGACGAUGACAUGGGAUUUGGCCUUUUCGAUUAAAUUCCUGCUCCCCUGCAAAUAAAGCCUUUUUACACA